AGUUCGCUAGCCGGAUGUUGCCUCAACAGCAGCUGCUGAACUAUCCCUUGAUGUUGACAUCGGUGACGAGCUGUCUAAUGGCGACUAGAGCUGGGACUUGAUUGAAGCCAAGUGACACAGCCUAAUACUGCACCUGAUGUGUAUAUGCUAGUUACAUUUCCAACCUCGCCCUCUUGCUAACGCAGACUGGGAACAGUGGAGAGCAGCUUGCUAGCUCGACCAGGCUAGCUGUACCUAGCAUUACCAGUUCACUUGAAGUAAUGAGGUGUAUCCAUUAUUGAACAAUCAUGAUGGCAGGUUCCCAGUGGGAGCUUCCUCCAGAGUUAUGUUGUCGGCCCAUGGCCUUUGUGGCUCUGACCGGCCUGGAUGUGGUGUACAAUGCUGUGCACAGAGCCAUCUGGGAUGCCUUCUGUGCCAACCGUCGUGCAGACAGAGUCCCCAUCUCUUUCAAAGUUCUCCCAGGAGACCAUGAGUACCCUAAAUGUCGCACCAAGCGAACCUCCUAUGAGUGGUACAUCCCUAAAGGCAUCCUGAAAACAGGCUGGAUGAAUAAACAUCUGAACCUGGUACCUGCUCUGGUUGUUCUCUUUUAUGAACUGGAUUGGGACGAUCCAGUGUGGAAAGAGAAACAGUCUGAAUGUGCCACUAAAGUGGAGAUUGUCAGGACCAGUCUUCAGGGCAGGAACACCAAGGUUGCUGUGGUUCUAAUCCAGAAGAAAACUCCUCUACCUCCAGGGGAGGACCUGGUAGCAUCAGAGAGAGCAGCAGCUCUUUGUAAUGCGUGUGAUCUGUCAGGCAAGAGUCUCUUCGUACUGCCGCACACUGACCACUUGGUGGGCUACAUUAUAAGGUUGGAGAAUGCCUUCUAUGAACAUGCUCAAACGUACUACUACACUGAGAUUCGUCGUGUCAAAUCCCAUAAGGAGUUCCUUAACAAGACAACACAUCAGCUGCUGUUUGUCAGACACCAGUUCAAGAUUGCUUUCUUCAGUGAGCUGAAACAGGACACGCAGAACGCUCUGAAGUAUUACAGAACUGCAUACAGCCUUGUCCAUGAGCUCAGAGCCCACGAGACCAACAUGUUAGAAAUCAAAACUAUGGCUGGAUUCAUCAACUAUAAGAUCUGUCGUCUGUGUUUCCAGCACAACACUCCUCUAGAUGCUAUAGCCCAGUUCAGGAAGCACAUCGACUUGUGUAAGAAGAAGAUUGGCAGUGCUGAACUGGCCUUUGAACACGCUGCAUGGAUGUCUAAACAGUUCCAGUCAUUUGGUGAACUGUUUGAUGAAGCGAUAAAAUUGGGUCUGACAGCCAUCCAGACCCAGAACCCUGGUUUCUACUACCAGCAGGCUGCCUGUUACAGCCAGGAGAGGAAGCAGCUGGCUCAACAGCUCUGUCAGGUUGGAGCGAGUUAUCCUUCCCCUGACCCACUGGACACCCAAAGUGGAGCACUGGACUUCUAUGGGCAGAGAUCAUGGAGACAAGGACACCAGAGUAUUGAUCCUCCAGAUGCAGAGAAGGAAAAGACAGCGAUUCUGGCUCUGCAGAUCAAAGAGGGAGAUGUACCACAUUCUGAGCUGAUAAUAGCACUUCUCAGUAAUGCUGUUGCCCAGUUUAAGAAAUACAAGUGCCCCCGAAUGAAGAGUCACCUCAUGGUGCUAAUGGGAGAGGAAUACUACCAUGCUAAGGACUACACCAAAGCCCUAAAGCUUUUGGACUAUGUGAUGUGUGACUAUCGUACAGAGCGAUGGUGGGAACUCCUGACAGCCAUAUUGACCACUGCUCUGCGCUGUGCUUAUCUAAUGGCAAGUGUCAAAGACUACAUCAUAUACUGCAUGGAGCUGCUGGGCAGAGCAUCAACACUGAAGCAAGAACAAAAGGGAAGGAUUGAGAAGAAUCUCAUCAAAGCCAUGAUGAAUGAGGUUCCUGAUCCUGAGCCAGAGUGUGAUCCAGCCUCUGUCAGUGCAGCCAGGUUGCUGUGGAAUGACCGCAUGGCUUUAGCUGGAUCAAAUGACCUCACCAUAGAAGUGCAGGACUACAUACCAUUCAUCCAAUGUAAGGCCAAGUUCCACUCUCCCAGUUUCCAUGUAGACCAGCCCAUCCAGCUUCAGGUCUUCCUCCGAGCUGACUGUCCUCAUCCUGUAUCACUUAACAAGCUUGCCGUCAGCCUCAGUAACCAGGAGUACAACCAGUGGUGUGUGGUGGAGUCGUCAGGUCAGGAGAGUAUGAACUUAUUGCCGGGGAAAACCAAAUGCUACAACUUCAGCUUUGUAGCAAAGACUGAAGACGUUGGCAAGAAGAUUGAGAUGACAGGUAUUGAGGUGAUGCUGGGGAGUGACGUUGGCCGCUGUGUGUUUCUGAGCUGGAGAGGGGCAGGUGGAGAUGCAGCCUCUACCCAUGAAGCCUUGCUGGCCAGUAGGUCAUCACGCCGAUUGGGGCGAGCCGUUGAGACACGGCCAGAAAUGGAUUGGGACAGCCUGAUCAUGCAGCAGAGCACCAUGAUCAUCUCAAGAGUUCCAAAGAUCUCAGUUCAGCUGAGCCACCAGCCUCCUGCCCUCAACAACGAAAUGUACUGCAUCAGCCUCACUGUCCAAUCACAGGAGGAGGGUGUGGCAAAGGAUGUAAAACUAACAGCUGGCCUCAAACCAGGCCAGGAUGCCAACCUAAGCCAGACCACACACGUUACAUUUGAUGGCUCAAAGGUUUGUGAUGAUUCUGCACCUGCUUUACUUCCUGACGUCCCUCUGGGUGACCUGAAACCAGGCGAAAAGUUGGAGAGCUGUAUAUAUGUGAGGUGUAUUUCCACUGGACCACGGGUGUUCCUGUUCCAUGUGGCCUACAGCAUCGAUACCACUGUGGAAGGACGACAGAUUGUCUGCAAAUGUCAUAAGGAUGAGACGGUUACCAUAGAGACUGUGGUCCCAUUUGAAGUGUCUGUCAAGUUUGUAUCCACCAAGUUUGAGCCAUUGGACCGUGUAGCAGUUGACAUUCCCUUCCUGUUGAUGACAGACAUCCUCUCCUCAUCUCCCUGGCCUCUUCUGUUGGCCUCCUCCUCUCUACAGCUCCUUACUAUGACCAGCAACACACCUGAGCUUCAUUCACAGCUACAGGAAGUGGUUUUGCAGGAAGGUGAGUCUGCCAGUGAGUGCUUCUGUCUCCGCUGUCCACCAUUGACCAACAGCAAUAACACGGUGGCUACAGGACAGUACUUGAUAUCAUGGAGGAGGAAACCCUCCAGUGCAGACAGUCCUCUCAUCCAGACGACAGUCACUCUACCUCAUGUCAUCCUGGAGUCUGUCCCUCUCUACAUCCACGCUGAUUUACCCUCAUUCGGCCGAGUCAGAGAGUCUCUACCAGUUCGUUACCACAUAGAGAACAGAACAGCUGUGGUGCAGGAGGUGGAGAUGGCUGUUGAACCUUCUGAUGCCUUCAUGUUCUCUGGACUCAAACAGGUGCGUCUCCGUAUCCUCCCUGGCUCUGAGCAGCAGAUGCUGUAUAAUUACUACCCUCUGAUGGCUGGUUACCAAACACUGCCCCAGCUCAACAUCAGCCUACCCCGCAGCGCAACGACCAACACACACACACUGAGACGCUUCCUGCCUCAGCGCAUCUUUGUCAAGCCUCAGGGUCGACAGCUGGAUGAUGCCUCCAUUGCUGCAGCUUAAAAAGGACACAACCUGUUGACUGUAAUAUGAAAUAAAUCUGCUUGUUCUUGAUGUAUGAGUCCUCACAGAUGACAAUAACACUAUUUGUUUUACAUUGUUGUGUAAAAACACACCAGGAAAAGCAUCCAUUGACCAUCAGGAGUGUAGUGUUGUGAGUGAAUGUGAUGACGUGAUGGGAGCAUGACAUGAGGCUGGUGAAUGAAACCUGAUAUUCUGAUGUUCAUGUUUAGUAAAAAAUCUUGUAUUAAUCUUGUGUGAUGUAUAUGGAAAUUUGGGUAGAGUGUAAUACAUUGUAACUGAAUGUAAUGAAGGUUUGAUUAAACUAAAGUGAUGGAAA